CUGCUUACCACAUUCAGUUUGGAGAAUGUUGAGGAACGUACUUACACUACUGCUGCCAGUGCUGGCAGUGACCGGCGUGAGCGUUGAUCCACGAUGUACGCGAUACAGUCUAGGUUCGGAGGCGCAGGUCCUGCCGCAUCUGCAGGACUGUCGCAAGUUUGUCAUCUGUGAUAUGGGCGGCAAUGGGCAGGUGCUUUCGUGUCCCCCGGGGCUGUACUUUAGUGGUGAAGCGCACGCCUGCUCGUUCGAUAUGGCGGCCUGUACGCACGGUGAGCUUGAUGAGACGGUGCCCUUCGUUCCUGAGCCUCAACCACCCGUACGACCCGUGCCACAGGAGCCCUCGCUACCGGUUGCCCCGGUAGAGCCACGACCUCUUCCGUUGCCGGUACCACAGCCACUGCCCGUCAUACCCAGUGAUCCGCUGCCGGUUGUGCCACCGAUAGUGGAAGGCAAUUCGAACGGGGUUGAAACAAAACCAUCGCUACCAAACUGGCUACCGAUCGUGACGUCACCACCAGUCAUUGAAGAAUCCGUGGAAGAACAAGCUGAAAUUGAGCAGCUUCCUCCGCAGAGUGUUUGCUGGGAUAAGCCGAUGGGUAAGAUUUACCCCAUCGCCAACGACUGCGGCCUGUACGUGGUGUGCAUGGGCAACAAUGAUGCGAUCGUGCAACGCUGCCCCAAGGGUUUACUGUACGAUCACCAACAGCAGCGUUGUGAGUUUGCCGAUGCGUCCUACUGCGCGACGCCACGCGUUGACGGGCGGUUAGUGCUGGACAUACACGGCGUCGAUAUGAGUCUGCUGGAGGAAGAGAAAGUGCAACAGGAGGACGAGGAGACUGUGGAGCUUGCUGAAGAAUCCUACUCCGUUCCGGUAGUACCUGUGAACGAGCACGCUCCUGCCCUGGUGAUGGAAAUGGUGCAGCAUGAGCAUCAGCCGGUGCUUUUCGUGCCUGAGCCGAAGAUACCUGAACCAGUGCAGCCGAUUGUGGAGUACAACUUCCGCAUCAUCGACAAUCAUCCGCGCUGUCUGGCACGCAGCAACAUGGAUCUGACGGCUCAGCUACCGCACGACUCCGACUGCAGGAAGUAUCUGGUGUGCGUUGGGCGCGUCGCUAUCGAGAAGGUGUGCCCGGCCGGACAGCACUGGAAUGCGAAAAACAAUUGGUGCGACUUUGCGUCCGUGGCUGGCUGUACGCUGUAAGUGUUUGCCUUUUGAAUAAUAGAAAAAUAAACACCAUCAGAAGGAUCUUCAA